AUGAGUAAAUUCAGAGGAGCUGGAAAAUGGAGAACGGAGGGGCCAUCAAGAACAAAUACCGAUUCUUCAAUAAGAGGUGAGACUUCCUUCGAGUGGCUUCAAUAUAAAUUCAUCGUUAACUUGAUGUUAGGGAAAAUCUCCGCCCCGAUACCCAUCCCGGACGACGAAUUCCCAAUAAGAACGCCAGGUACGGGGAUGGCUGUGCCCUUAGGGACUGAUGGCAUAGAGCCGCGGUUGAGAGCAUCUAUUGCUGCGGAACUCGACAGCACAGCGCUUCAGACUGGCGUCCCAACCAGCAGUACUGUCGAUCCAAAACUGCCAAUCCUGUCUACACAUGACCAAGCUCAGCCGUUUCGAGAAACUCAAAUCCGGCGCACCAACCAACCCAGUUCACAGCGGGAUUCAGGAACAAGUGUGCCUUCGGGAUCCAGUAUGGGGAAACCUCAAAGGAAGAAGUCAUCCUUCAGGUCUGCUUUGGGCCGUUUGUUUGGGAAGAAGAGUAAGAAUGGAGGGUCAAGUCCCCCGAAACAAGGCGCCAGUGGAAUGAGAGCUGGUCAGCACCGCAGUGAUCCAACUGCCCUAAACCGAACCCCAACCGGCGGUGCAGGGUCUCAAAAACGUUCAGCUUCCUUGCCAAUCAACGAAUAUAACCGAGCCUUACGUUCGCAUUCGACUGCAACCGAGGAAUUCCCCCCUGCCAAGAGCGAGUCAAAUUUGGAGGCUAUACAUGCUGAAGGACAUAGGCGGCCGAGAAGGGCUACAACACCAAGUAGGCUGUGGACUCCAACAAAGGCACCGGGUUAUGGAGACUGGACUGGACUCUCCCCACGACCAGCCAGCAGCCAUGCGAGAGGAAGCAGGGUUAAUCCAGAUGCUGAGGCCGAGGCAGCGGCUGGCAUUGGUAUGGCUGUGACGAGUGGUUGUCAUCCAAAGAGACGUUCGAGAAGUCUAGGCGAGAUGCGGGAAGCCGCGUCGGUACACACCGUUGCCCGGCGCAGAAGUGAUGAAAUUAGAUACUGGAGGGAAAGCUAUGACCCCGGCAUCUUAUCACCACUGUCCUCUCAUAAGGCCGAAGCGGAAGAGCCUAUUGUAAUAGACGAGCCAGAAGAUAACCGACACGACGAGCCUCAGGAGCAACCCCAGCCCUUCAACUUUGGACCAUUGGGUGAAAUGGCUGGAAUGAAAAUCACUCAAGCUGCCAGUCUAGAUACUCGAGUGCGCCGGCUGGAGGAACGAGUGCUCAAAAUGGAGAGAGUAUUAUACUCGCGUCAACACCGCAGUUCUGCAGACCACGAUCGACGUUCUUCAGUACCGCGUCCGACAACAGAUAACUCGGAGAUAUCAUUGCCGAAGCACCCAAGGUACCGAGAGCCCCAGGCACCUCAGCCGACUCAAGAGGGCAGGCUGCAAGGCAGUCAGAAACGUUCGUCUUCUUACGGGAGUAGCCGCCCAUCGACAGUAUCCACACGCGUUUCGGUACAUCCUUCUUUCGAAAACUUUUCCCAACCUACAAUACCUUCCUCCGACCCACCACUUAGCUUAUCACAAAAUACGGCUCGCCCCCUCUCUACCUCGACGACCAUCCGCGGGGUUCCAUCGAGUUCACCGACCUUACCAAAGGAUGGUCAUUUCACUACUGAGCAUUAUACUGCCCUAAUGAAUAUGAUCCUUGAGGAGCGAUCAGCACGGCAGCAACUUGAAGCCGUGGUUCGCAAUCUUCAGCGCCAACUAGGUUCAUUACAGUCCGUGGUACAAGGUUCGGAUCAAUCAGCAGCUCCUGUCCGUGCCGGAUAUGCAGCAGGCGGAGAAUUCUCGAGCUUCGAGCCAGACGAUAGCAGCGAUGACGAAGGGCGUUAUAUGCAAGAAGGCUUUCAGACUCCUAAUGAGCCUGGUAGUCACUUUGGAGACGAGAUUUUUGGUGGUGACGUGCAUGAUUCAGGUAAGACGAAGACUGCGCCUAGGACGUUGAGCCUAAGCCAGAUCACUUUAGCGAAAGGUGCGCAGCAGAGUGUGAAUUUCUAA